AAUGGAGAGGGGAUGGUUGCCUAGCAACAGCAGUAGUGCCACUACAACAGUACAAAGCUGCUUCAGUGAACAGCUGCGCUUCAGUUUCAGUGCUGAUAUAUCGCCGCUACUUGCGACACGUUGUUUUCGUUCGUCAGUAUUUUCGUGCUUUCGUAUACUACAUCAACAAUAUGGCUCCCACAGUGUGUAUGGCAGAGGUAGGAGAGCGACUUGGCUAUCUGGACACUACCUCAAACCUCAACUACCGACUAUGUGAAAAAAGAAGAAGCCUUCAGAAACAAGAGGGUGGAAACAGAAAGAGGCUUCUCAGACACAUAAAAACCUGCCACCAAUUACAGAUGGGGCUCGUCCUGGAGGAGUGUUGUUGUCAGUCUCCGUCACUAGAGUGCGACUUGAGUGACACUGAUCAGUCGCCUCGUCCCAACAGUCUGGUCACUCUGACCCUUAGAACUCUUGCUCUGCUGCGUCGUAACCAUCUUCUGCAGCAACGCCUCAGCCUUCUACAGCAAGAGACCCGUGCCUUCGUCUCCACUGUCCUCUCGUCUCCAGACUAUGUACCUCCUGUCACGGCAAAGAACUGAACCUAACCCAAAAUGUAUAUUUAUAAUUGAUGUGCGAUACAUCUUUCCUACUAUAUGAUAUUCUGUGAUAUGAAUUAUAAACAAAUAUUUUUAUGUUACUUCUAAAUCACAGUUUGUGUAGAUGACUAGUUUUAUGGGAUCUCGUUUGAAUAAAUAAUCUUUAUUCCUGAAACUGUGUAUUUUGAAAAGUAAUGACAUUUGAAAAUUUAACUCAGUAAUUCAGUUCAUGUUAACUGUUUAGAAUUGUUGUACCCUCCAUUGCCAAAAUGGAUCUAUUCUUUUUUUAUCAGUAACUAUAACAGACAUAUUCAACAAUCAAAGUAUUGCAUGAUGUAUCGCACAUCAUUUACUAAGUUAUUUGCAUAAAACUCCUAGUCAUGUGACACUGUCAUGGGUAAAAUAUUUAUUUUAGUGGUUAAUAUUGAGUUUAUCAUGCAAUAAUACAUAAAAACUGUAGCCUAAAUUUGUAAUCUGAAAAGUGCAACUGAGUUAGUAAUAUAUUCCGCAACUGUAAGAUAAUAUUUUCAUUGAUACGGGGAGUUGAAUUUUUUACAGUUUGGAUUUCAAUGCUACAUAAUUUCUGAAGGAAUAAAAUGUCUUUGUAAACAGGUGUCCUUAUUAAAUGUAAUUCAUUACACACAGAGAAGAAAGGAUCGAGACAAUUCUCUAUGUCCAACGUAUUGCUGUUGUGUUCUGGCCUGAACAUGGUACGAUUGAUGUUGAGUAGACAGUUGAAUUUACUCCUUAUAUCAGAAAUUUGUCCUCCUAUACUGAAGUGUGGUACUAAGAAUUAGGCACAUUAGACAGAGACCAUGUAAUAUCUUUAUCAAUGUAUAAUGUUUCAAAACUAAUUUUAUAUAAAUUUACUAAACUCAAAAUAUUGAAAAUGUUAUAAUGGCUCUGACAAUUGUCGACUAUUUCUUGUUCAUAGCAUUUAUGAGUUAACAGGGACUUAGCUUGGUUAGAAAGCCCCUAGAGAACAAUAUAAAUGUGCCCUAUUCCUCAACAUUAAGCCAAUGUAACCUACUGGAAUAGAUCUACCGAAAAACCAGAUACAAUUAGUACAUUCCUGAUAAUAAUACAGUACCAGAUUAACGUUUUGCUAACUAAAUUAUUACAUUUGUAUACGUAACUUAUCUUUAGUCCUACUUGUCACACUUGCUAUUACCAGUUUUGGUUCGAGGGAAAUGAGUGGCCAAACAAAACAAUCAAUCUAACACAUUAUCUAGUGAGUUUCUGUCUUUUCAGCAGAUUGGUGCCACGUAACUGUUAGUACAGUACUGUACCCUGCUUACGGGUAACUGACUUGUCCUUUGACCCUGACUUUAACAUUCCUUAGAACUUCUGGCCAAAAAUAAGAAACACUUACUUCUAGUAUUCCUGAAACAUUAUUGUUUGCUUAGGUUUAACCUUUUACUUAAGUAUCCAGUGGUCAAUGGUUUAACAUAAUUUUGCUUGGAGGUAUUUUCUUAUCUACUAGUUUAUUAAUUUAGUUUUUUAAAGUAAGUUUUGUUUGAUUUAUUAAAUGUAGUUUAAAUAAUUUAAAAAAAGAUGAAUUUUCGCAAUACAGUACUAUGAAUUUAUUAUAAACAGAGGGUAAACAGAAAACUAUUUCAGUAUGAAAUUGGAAAUGGUAUUUAAUAGUAAUUUUCAUUCCAAAUCAAAGGAAAGAUAAAAAAUAUUAAGGCCAAAAAAUAUUGCUACAAAACUAUUAACGAAUUUUGAACUACCAAACCAGUGAACAGUCUUGUUUUAUUAAUUUAUAGUUGUUAAUUAUUCCCAGCUCUUUAAUUGGUGGAGUGGUAAUGUGCUUUCUUUAGUAAUAUAUUUAGGUAAAGUUAGAAGUAAGAUAGUUAAAAUGUAAAUUAUGUUUGGAGAGUGCAAACCGUAAAGAGUACAGUAUUUGGAAUUAAGGAGGUUGUGGUGUUAAUUUGUAAAUUUAGUCCAAUUUAAAAGAAACUUGUUAAAAACUUAGUUUUAAUUUGGGUGGGUUUAAUCACUUAAUACUUAAGCUCAAACUCUAUCUCAAUAAUAUAAUUUAUUCAUGUAUAAUUGUGGUAACAUUGUGUUAAAUUUUUUUUUUAAACACACAGUAGCCCUUAACUUAACAUUCUAAUACAGGAUGAUACAAUUCUAACAGGGAAAUACUUUUAAUCAGGAGAGUUACCAAAACAAAAAAUAUGCUACUGUCAAGUACCGUAACGAAACUAAUAUACUUUCAUUUAGACUUUUUUAUUGUUAUUUUCUAGUAAAAAGAAGUUUCAAACAAAUAUUGAACUAGUAGGAAAAGGAUGGGUGACGGUAAUGUACACAUUUUUAACUACAGGGUUUGACUGUUUUGACACAGAACUAAUAAACAAAUGUCGGUGAAGCUCAUUGAAAAGACAAUUAAGUUUAGUUGGUAGCUAACAAUCAUAAGUAGUAAAAUAAGCUGAGAGCCCUGUCUCAAAUACAACGAACCCAUCAAGUCAGGCCUUGCUUAUCAUUAUUGUAUAAUGUGUAAUAUAUGUGUACUAUAAAUAAAUUGAUUGAAUUGUUA